CCACUAUAUCCACAUAGCAUUCAAGUACAUGAACAAGAUGAUUGUUGUGUGACUAUUUGCUGUCAAGUUAUAGUUCCUAUAUAGUAUAUCUAUCAUGGCAUCUCCAUGCAAAUUUAUAGGGAUCUAUGAAAAUUCGACGAUAUCGUCUCUUCUCGUGACAUAAAAAGAAACAAGCAAAACCGUAAAGACGGACUGAUUUCUCUGCUCUAGAACAGAGCAGGAAAGAAUCAUACAACCCUCGUAUACGAGGUAGGUACUAGACGAUCUAAGUCACAAUUUCCAAGUAGAAGAAGUAAACCUUACUGCACACAUACGUAUCAAACAAUGGGUGACGAAACCUACAACUGGGACGCUCAGCUCCUCAGCGUGGACUGGCGGAACGUCGACUGGCGGAUGGAGGUCCACAACUUCCAGCGCGUGCCCUGGCCGGAGGUGCAGACCACCACCCUGCAGAGGCUCGUCGAGAUGCACAACGAGUACGACCAGAACCACCGGCCCUCGAGCUCCUGGCCCAUCAACACCCCGGCGUCGGACGAGCUGCGCCGCAGAGAAAACCUGGAGAUGCACAACCAGGGCACCGAGAGCCAGUCCGUCGCCGACUGGCUUUUCGAAGGCUCCGACAUGGACAUGGACACGGCCGUUUCCCCCGGCCGAGAGCCCCCCGCGAUCUCCGCCGCACCGUACGGCGGCGCCUUCUUUUUCCCGAAGAGCUCCCCGGACGAGCCGCCAAAGAGGCUGGAGCCGAUCAAGACGCCGGUUAACACGGUCGACCAGCACGGCCAGAGGAAGCUCCCGGGCCUGAUCUACAAGGACGACCCGGACGGCUUCUGGACGGUGGGCUUCGAGCUCGAGCUGCCCAUCGCCGUGUACCGGCGGGGCGGGCUCCCGGCGGAGCGCCCGCACCCGCGGGACACGCGGUGGGAGGCGGAGGAGAUCGUGAGCGACGACCUGGACCCGAAGCGGAUCAAGCAGAUCGUCGUGGACCGGUUCAUCGAAGUGUUCAGCACGCAGACGGACAUGGUGUUCGUGCCGCGCGACGAGGACGAGGGGAACGCGCUGCACGACCUGCGCAUGGAGAACCUGCACCGCCUCGAGUACGGCAUGCCCAUGGUCCAGGACAUCGAGAUGAACGGCAGCCCGCUGGGCGCCGACGAAAUCAAGCCCGUCCACCCCAUCGCUGAGAAGGCCGCCGUCGAGGCCCGCGACUUCCUCCUCCUCUCGUACUACAACAACGCGUCGCCCCCCCAGAACCUCCUGCUCGCGACCCGCCUGAACAUCCUGGACGCCGUGCAGCGCUCCCCGAUGCCGGGCAUACCGUCCAACCCGCUGAGGAGGGAGGCCGAGAGACGCCUCGAGGACCUGCUGCAUCUGGAGGCGUAUCGGCUGCGGCGGGACAAGCGCCACGUACCUCUGGCCGGCAUGAAGCCGCGAUAUAGGGCCUUCUCGGUGUACACGACCGAUGUCGUCAACAUGGACCUCGUAGAGGGCAGCCAUUACCGGGAGGUGCCUACCGGCACCGAAAACCCCAGCGAGCUGUACGGCUGGCAGACGGUGAAGAUCGCGUCGCCGGUGAUGCGGCUGACGUGGCCGCCCACGGAGCUCGGGGACACCAUCCGGGAAAUCUGCCGGGUGGUGCGAAACAACUUCCGCGUGCACCUGGAGACGCCGGCGAUCGCGGCGACGACGCAGGUGUCCAUCUCGCACACGAGCGGGCUCAACGUCAUCGACCUGAAGAAGCUGGCGUCGCUCCUGGGCGCGGACGCGGUGCACAAGGACCUGCGGCGGUUCAACCGGUGGUACCGGCACCUGGCGGCGUACGACAACGUGUGCGGGCCGAUCCGCAUGGUGUCGAAGCUGGGCAAGCUGGCGCAGACGAACCACGACAUCGACGGCUUCGACAGCAGCGACAUCGUCCAGCGGCACGGGCCCCUGCGCACGGAGCACCUGAACAGGGUGGCCGAGUCGUACCUACCCGUCAACCUGAUGCUCCAGCACGAGAACUUCGCCGGCCGCGUCUUCCACCAGGUCAUGUGGCAGUACACGAGCGUGGACGGCAUCGCGAAUGCGCUGGGCACGGGGCACACCACGCGCAAGGGGGAGGUGGUCAUCAAGUGCCGGGGCCCGGGCGAGGUAGUAAGCCGGGCUCCCCCGGACCCGGAAGACGAGUUCAGACGCAGCGAGCGGGGGGAGUACGUCGACUUCUACGAAGUCGACAAGGACCGAGGCGUGGUCGAAUUCCGGCAGAUGGGAUUAAGCCUCGAUCCACGGCACAUCACGGCGUGGAUCCUCGUGUGCUGGCGAAUAAUGGAGUUUGUAAGAACUUCGCAGCCGCCGCAAUACCGAUUCGCCUUGGAACAGGUCAUAAGGGACAAAGUAUCGGUCCUAAAAGCUAUCAGUCUGGACCCCGAAGUCCGCCAGUACAUAAAUGAGUUAAUCAGCCAUCCGGGACAAGGCUUGCACUCGGACAACCGUAUCAUUGACUGGAGGGACCCUUUCUUCCCACGACUUCCGUAGUAACCCAGUAGCAACGUAAAUAAAUGCUAGGUAACGUAUAGUUCCUUUCCUCGGUAUGGAGUGUAGUCCAGCAAUAGAUACCCAAUCUCUUUAGAUAUGACCUUGGAUGAAUUCCUUGAUAAUGUAAUAUAUGAUAUUUUAUGUCCCUAAAGUAGAAAUGUCAAACGACAGUGGAACAUCGUCCCUUUUGCAUACUUUCGCCCCCAGCAAUAUGUACUACAUUACGGAAUUAGCCAGUUCAAAAAUAAAAUCUUUUAGUGACAUCUCCUUUCACUCCGGUCCCAGUUCGUGCCCGGUGCUUACACCAGGGAUACUAUCAAUCUUCUUAGGUACCGAAGUCUAGUGGGAAUAUAUACACGAGUUGGGUGAUAUACAUCAUUUACCCAUAGGAUAGCGUCCCUAUCGCUUCUUGCCGCGGUUUGCGUUACCACCCUUAUUUCCACCUUUCCCCUUGGCAUCUCCUCCGCUCCCGCCAGCACCUCCGCUAAGCAUGACCCU